AUGGAAAUAGUUAACUCAGUAACUCGUUUGAAGGUAACUCAUAUUUUCUUGAUUUCCAUUUUUUUCACAAAUUUUUACUGGUUUAAUAUUGGAGCUGAAUCUCCCAAAGAGCUUUUCAAAGGAUUUAAAGCAACCCCAGAUUCUCAUAUUUCAAAUUUUCAACCUCUACUUACUGAUUCUACUGGUAAUUACUCACUGAGUUUUCUCCGAGUUGAAAAAGAUCAACUCACUCUUUCUAUUAUUCAUGUUCCAUCUUCUGAGUCAAUAUGGGUUGCUAACUUGACCCGUUUAGCAAGAUGGGCUGACUCGACUGAGUUGUUCUUCAAUGGCAGUCUUGUGUUGUCGGAUUCUCGUUUAGGGGUAUUUUGGUCUACUCAUACUAAUGGACACCGUGUUUGGCUUUCAAAUACAUCAAAUUUGCAAGUUCAAAAGGUUGAUAGUGGAAUGAGGUUAAGUUCUGUUUUGUGGCAAAGUUUUGAUUUUCCCUCAGAUACCCUUGUGGAAAAUCAAAAUUUUACAAGUAAAAUGACUUUGGUUUCGUCCAAUGGGCUUUAUUCCAUGAGUUUGGGCUUUGAUUUUUUCGGGUUGUAUGCAAAAUUCAAGAACGAAUCGGGUCCGGGUCCGGGUCGGAUCUAUUGGAAGCACAAGGCAUUAGAAGCUAAAGCAGAUGUUAUUGAAGGUCAAGGACCAAUUUAUGCUGUAUUAAAGUCAGAUGGUUUUUUUGGUAUGUACCAAAAUGAGUCAGUUCCUGUUGAUGUAGAAUCUUUUAACAGUUUUCAACAACCCGUAUCCGGUGUUCGUCGGAUCCGGGUCGAACCGGAUGGGAAUUUGAAAGGAUAUUUUUGGGCCGGGUCAAGUUGGAUAUUGGACUACCAAGCAAUAAAGGAGACAUGUGAAUUGCCUAAUCCUUGUGGUAUAUAUGGACUUUGUCGACCGGGCAAAGGUUGUUCUUGUCUAGACAAUAGCACGGAUUACAACUCCGGCAAGUGUGUCUCGCCGGAAAAUCAAGAUUCCGGCGACUUUUGUGGGGUUUAUGAUCAUAAAAAGUACAAGGGCUUUUCAAGAAAUGGUGUUGAAUUGCCUAACAAGGAGUUAAUGACUUACCAAAAAAUGGCUUCUUUUCAAGAAUGUCAAAGUACAUGUGAAGGAAAUUGUACAUGUUGGGGUGUGGUGUAUACUAAUACAUCUGGAUUUUGCUACAUACUAGACUACCCCAUACAAAGUUUAGUAGGAGUAGGGGAUGAAACCAAAAUGGGGUUUUUCAAAGUGAGGGAAGGUGUUGGGAAAGAUAAGGUGGAGGUGGGGUUAGGGAUAGGGAUAGGGUUAUUAUGUGGGGCCAUCUUGGUAUUUGGUGGGGUCAUAGGGUUAGGGUUGUAUAGAUAUAGGAAAAGAAAAAGAGGAGUGAGUGGGUAUGUAGAAGAAGAUGGAAUGGUAGUUGGACCAUAUAAGGAAAUGGGAAAUGCAAGUUUUAGGUCAAUUGAACUAAGUGAAAGAUGA